AUGCCUUCAUCUUCGUCGUCGAUGCUGCGAAGGCAGUACAACCUUCGCCACUCCACCCUCCGCGAACUCAUCCUCACCCACGGCCUCGAUCUGCUGCGAAACCUUCUUCUCGCCCUGUUUGUCCUCCGUCUGGUACGAAAGACCUUUGUGCAGCUGCAAGGAUACGGACUCUGGGGAUCCAUUACACAAUUCUCCGCCGACGUCUAUCGUCGUUCAUAUGCUUUGUUCCUCCAGCUGCCUCCGGUUCAGAGCAAAGUGAGAGCCGACGUGACCAAGGCAAUCACCGAACUCGAAUCCAAACUCGUGCCCUCAGGCCCAGGACACACGGCUUUCACUGCACUUCCCGUGAAGGGAUGGACACCCGAUCAAGUUCGCGCCGAGCUGGAGAAGCUGGGUGAUAUGGAACACGUACGUUGGGAGGAUGGGAGAGUCAGCGGUGCCGUCUACCACGGUGGCAGUGACCUUGGCGACCUACAGAGCGAGGCCUUCAAGCGCUUCGGCGUGAGCAACCCCAUCCAUCCUGAUGUCUUUCCUGGGGUGCGCAAGAUGGAGAGCGAGAUCGUGGCAAUGACAUUGAGCCUGUUCAAUGCUCCCGAGACAGGCGCUGGAGUUACGACCUCUGGUGGAUCAGAGUCCAUUCUCAUGGCUGUUCUCUCCGCACGUCAAAAGGCAUACACAGAACGCGGCGUGACUGAGCCUGAGAUGAUUCUACCAAACACCGCUCAUACCGCUUUCCGCAAAGCAGGAGAAUACUUCAAGAUCAAGAUGCAUCUUGUGGCCUGUCCUGAACCCAGCUAUCGCGUUCACAUUCCCCACGUCAAACGUCUCAUCAACUCCAACACGAUUCUUAUCGUCGGCAGUGCUCCCAACUUCCCUCACGGCAUCGUGGACGACAUUCCCGCUCUUUCACGCCUUGCAAUCAAGUAUAGACUGCCGCUGCAUGUCGAUUGCUGUCUCGGUUCCUACGUUAUCGCAUUCCUCUCAAAGGCCGGUUUUCCAUCACCCGACUUUGACUUCCGAGUUCCUGGAGUUACCUCAAUCAGCGUGGAUACCCACAAAUACGGUUUCGCUCCAAAAGGCAACAGCGUCGUCCUGUAUCGCACCCCCGAGCUGCGGAGAUAUCAAUACUACAUUUCAGAAACUUGGCCUGGUGGUGUAUAUGGAUCUCCCAACAUGGCCGGCUCCAGACCUGGUGCAUUGAUCGCAGGUUGCUGGGCAAGUCUCAUGCGCAUGGGCGAAGAUGGUUAUCUAGACACCUGUCUGAAAAUCGUCAGCACCGCGAAGCAGAUCGAAGAGGCAAUUCGAACAUCAGACAAACUUCGAAACAGUAUCACAGUUGUUGGAAAGCCCAUGGUUUCUGUGGUCGCGUUCCGGGCAGCUGCGAAUUCAAAAACACCUGAACUAGCAGUGGACAUCUACGAUAUCGCUGAUGCGAUGUCUGCGAAAGGCUGGCAUCUGAAUGCGUUGCAGGAUCCUCCAGCUAUCCACAUCGCCGUAACACUGCCCAUCGUGAGUGCAGUGGACGCCUUGCUCAAGGAUUUGGAGGAUGUGGUCGAGGCUUGCAAGGGUCAGGCGAAGGAUGGAAAGGGCAGCUCUGCGGCGCUGUAUGGUGUUGCAGGCAGCAUACCUGACAAGAGCAUUGUAAGAGAUCUGGCGGUUGGGUUUUUGGAUACCCUGUACAAGACUGCGUAG